UGUUGUUGUUGCAGAUCUUAGCUGACACUUGUUAUAGCAUAGUAUUCAAUCCAAACACUCUGUACUUAUUCAGUCCUAGUACUUUAGCACUAGCUGAAUAGUGGAUUAAUUCAAGGCUUGAGAAACAGGAUGAAUUGAAUGGGCUGCAGAUGCCAAUUUUGUAUAUCGUCUCUUAUCAGCAGUUUAUUUGUUAUUUCUUUUUUAACUUCUUAUGUGUAAGUUGAGUUUUCACUCUCAAGCCAAUUUAAAACAAUUACUUGAUGUCACUCACAAACAGGUGACAGCUGUGCAAAGAGUGCUCUUCAAGAGGUUGACUCUCUAUAACGAAAAUAUUGAACAAUAUUUAUUAAUUCUUCUUAUUUUGAAUUUAUCGAAAGAUGAUUCAGCUGAUGAGUUAUCGGACAAAGAAGGCAGGAAUGAACUUCGGGAUGAAACUGCUGCUGCCACAGAAUUGGAAGGUCUGAACUUAUCAGAAAUACCUCCAGAUCUAGAGGACAUAUUGGUAAUGAAAUUGGAUGUGCCUCAUGGAGCUGAAAGCCAGGAGUUUGGUUGGCAGAAAGUAGGCAGCGCGGCCGGAAUUUCAAGAUGUGAACUUAAAUAUUAUGAACACUUGCGAGGAAAAAAUGAAAGCCCUACAAAGUUGUUGUUAGAUAAAUUAGGAAGCCAAGGGAGAACAGUUUCGUAUCUCAUUGAUGUUCUCCAGAAACCUAGAGUAGACCUUGAUAAUGUUGCUAAAACAAUACGACACCGUGUUGCAAGGAUUUAAAGGAGCUACGUCACGGUUUACGCAUUUUGAAAAGUUAAACCUAAAUAUUUCAUGUUCAUGGAUUGUAAAUCCGUGUUAAUCUUCUGCAUCCUUAAGCUACUUGUUCCUUUAUGGAUUAUUAUUUUUUUAUCUUAGUAAACAACUACUUUCAGGUUUUCUCCAAUUCUAAGCUAAUUUUCUACGUGGCCUAAAUAACUCAAAAUGCCUCGACUGUGCUCCUUUAAAUAGCUUAGUUAUUUUUAUAAUCCUGUUUCUUUCAUCUCGUGGUCAAAUACAAAAAUCGGCUCCUACCUCCAUCAUUCUCCUUGGUAAUUCCCUUUGAUUAAAGCAGCAAAUCAGCAAAGUGAUAAUGUUGACACUAAUGAAAUGACGAAGGAGUAGCUACAUUUUGAAAUGGAAAAUUAAACUGAUGAUUAUUUUUUGAUAA